CCGAGCGAGCGUCAUGUCGACGUGUGCGCCGCGCGCGUGCUGUCGGCCGCGCGCCCCGCCGACCCUGCUCGACAUCACGGCCAAGAUAGUCGCGUCCGCGAUCCCCUUCCAACGCAUUGAGGAGCGCUAUGAGCGCAUCCCGGAGCCGGUGCAGCGGCGCGUCGUGUACUGGUCCUUCCCGCGGGACGAGCGUGACAUCUGCAUGUACUCGUCACUGGCGCGCGCGCCACCCGACGACCACCGCAACAUCGCCUUCUGCCGCGGCCUCAAGCUGCUGGAGGCCGGCUGCGUGGAGAAUGUCCUGCAAGUCGGUUUCCACCUGAGCGGAGUGGUUCGUGCACCUGCUGCAGUACCGCCUUGCUCUGAACCGGAGAGGCUAUUCAGGGUCACAGUUUCUUUUGACAGAUGCAAGAUAACCGGGGUGACAUGCAGUUGCGAGGCGCGAGACAUUUUCUGGUGCCAGCACGUAGUCGCCCUUGCCCUGUACCGCAUCAGAAAUGCAGAUUCUGUGCGCCUACGAGUGCCUAUAUCAGAAACCCUGCUCCAAAUGGAUCGGCAGCAGCUACAGAAGUUCGUCCAGUACCUGAUAGCGGAGCACCAUACAGAGGUGCUACCAACCGCGCAGCGACUAGCUGACGAGGUGCUCCAGGCCAGGUCGGCCAUUAAUAGGAUAUGCGGAGCGCCCGACCCAACGGCCGGGCCUCCGCCCGAUGCACACCAUGCCUGGCAUUUGGAUGAGCAGCAGGUCUGCGAACAAGUGCGAGCGUACUUAUUACAGGGAACUUACUAUAAUGCAAACAAGCAACUAAAUUCUUUAUUUUCUAAGGUUCGAGAAAUGCUUCGCGCCCAGGACUCAAACGGUCCAAGAAUGUUAAUGUUAAUGACAGAACAGUUCCUAUCAGACCCUAGGUUACUCCUGUGGAGGAACCAGAACACGCCAAUGACCGAGAAGUGUAGGCAGUUGUGGGAGCAACUUGGAGCCUUAUGGGUCAGCAUAGUUUUAGACCCUGGUAGUAAUAAACACCACAGAAUGCAGUGGAGGCAUUUGUUAGACAAGUGGUCUGCUGUUGAAGUCUGUCCUACUGAAGAUCCGGAUUAUAGGUCGUUUCCAUUAUACGCCCGGGAGCGAGAAAGAAACGAGAGGGACCGCGACAGAGAUCACAGAGACAGGGAUAGAGAUAGACACCGUGAUAGGGAAGAAAGAGACCGAGAGAGGGUGCGGGAAAGAGAGGAGAGAGAUCGCGAAAGACAUAGAGAAAGACAGAGAAGAGAAAUGCAUUCCCAUUCAGAAAGUUCGGAUGAAGAAUCUAGACCUAAUAAUUAUGAGCGAGAAUACAGGAGAGCAAGUAAAAGACUUAGGUUACACAAUCAGAGAUCUACACCACUAACGCCCAGAACAGUUUUUCACAAAGCCCUAGACGCGGUAGACAUAUCCUGGGAGAACGACCACUUGAAGAACAUCCUGGGCUCCGAUGAGUUCUAUGACCCGGAGAAGCCAGACAAACCUGGUGCCUCCAUGGAAUCUACGUUACAGCCUUAUCCUAAGUUCAAUGAACUGGGACAACCCUUAUGGCAUGAACAUCUGCCAGUGGUCGGCGCGAGGAUAGAAGCGUUAAGGGCGCACGGUAGAGCACCCGCAGCGUUGCGACUCGCGGUUGCGGCUGGAAGGGCCAUGAGACAUAGACAAGAAGUGGCUCAGCAGCGCUGGCACGAGGCGGGCGGCGGCGAGGCGUCCAGCUCCGCGACCAGUUCCGGCACCAGUAGCGCGUGCGCCAGCGAGUCGUGCGCCGGCCAGUGCGACCGCGCCAAGCUGUCGCUGGUGUGCGCGCACAUGGACGCGGGCGCGUGCCUGCCGUGCCCGUCCCCCGCGGCGCCCACGUGCGCGCUGUCGCACUCGCAGCGCUGCAUCGGCAGAGACAGCAGGUGUUGGACGGGUUGGACGUUGGAAGCGAUCUGGUGCGUGUACGAGUGUCUCGCCGACGCGUGUCUCGCACCGGAUGACCAACGGGCUUCGCCGCGUCUGCACACAUACAUAGACGAGGAACCCAACACCGGUCUGCCUCCAAGGUACCAACAUGUGCCAGUGGCGGGCAGUAAAAACCCAGAAGAGACUUAUCUGGCCUUGGCACUAGAAGCGGCACUGCUAGGCCUCGGUAUGCAGAGGAUGUUGCCACAUGGCCUCUAUGCGCAGGAGCGAUAUUGUAAGCAGGAGGAACGGUUAAUAAGCCAACUGCAAAGGGUAGAGGGCGAAGCAGCGGCCGGGGUCUGCGCGAGGGUGGCUAGGGCCCUCCUUGCGGGAGGCCCUUCCUCGUGCCUUGGGACCAAAGUACACCCCAGAUCAGCACCGGCGCAUACCUUUGCUAGGUUUCUAUUCUUGGCCCUACUUCCAAGUGACCCGGAAUUGGCGUAUCGGGUUGGAUUAAGAGCUAUGAGGUUACCGAUGGUGGAGGAAGCGUACUCGCUGGAUGGAGGUGGCGCGGCUGCGGGUGGUGCGGGCGCGUGGCACACGCUGCAGCACGCCGAACAGCAGCAAGCGGCACUCGCCAGUGCGCUGCUAGGGGCAGCACGCGGCAACCCUUCCCGUCUCCGUGCUGCACUUGCAGCAGCGCAAAGGCACGUACGGUCCGCUGCGCAGUUGUUCCGGUUAGCGCAAGACGCUUUAAGACACGCCGCGCCCCCCGACGCACCUCACCAUCACCGAGACCUCCUUGCUGCUGCCUUUGAAUUAGGAUUACAGGUAUUAAGAAUGACGUUAUCGGCAGUGAAUUGGAGGAGACGAGAAAUGGUCCGAUGGUUGGUAACUUGCGCAACGGAACUGGGACUCGAUGCACUGCUCUCCAUUAUGCAGAACUGGUACGAGCUGUUCACGCCGACGGAAGCGACGGGUCCAGUGGCUGCCGCAGCCAUGUCUCACGCGACGGCGCUUCGACUGGGUCUCAGCUUCGAGCAACAGGAGAAGCUCAGUGCCUGCGCGAGAACCCUGGCCUUGCAGUGUGCUGCUAAGGAUCCACCAGGAUGUGCCUUAAGUGCUCUAUCAGUUUGCGAGGGUUCUGCCGGUGCUUUUGAAGCGGCGUGCGCGGCCGUGGGCGGAGCCGCCGCCAGGGGAGCCCUAGCGUCCAGCCAGCUGUUCGCUGUCGCCCGAUACAUGGAGCAGAGGGGACAGCCGGCGCGGGCCAUGCGACUUGCCACGCUCGCGAUGAGGAACUUACAUCUGCAUUACAAUCAGGACAGCCACCCCGCCAUCGCAGAUAUCCACUGGGCAGUAGCGUUGGCACAUUCGCUGGGACGAGCUGAGCUUCAAGCAAUGUUACCUCUACUAGUUAAAAAUGUGCAAUGUGCCCCCGUUUUGUCGGACGUCCUCCGGAGGUGUUGUGUGGCGGCGGCAGGGUGUUCCCGGGCGCGACCUCCUCCCCCGCGACCGCCAACCCCCCUCCGCCCGUUGCUGGAGGCCGCGCUCCGAGCGUACGCGUCGACGACGCAUGCGCGCCUCGCGCAUAUCUCGCCGAGGCAUUACGCAGACUUUGUCGACUUUCUUGGCAAAGCCCGUGACACGUUCGCGCUUGCGCACGACGGCCCCCACCAGUUUGCGGCGUUGCUGCAAGAAAUCAAACUAAAAUAUAAAGGCAAAAAGAAACUUAUGUUCCUUGUCAAAGAGAGGUUCGGAUGAAACUAUAUAUUUGUAAUAUAUGUUCUGAAAUAUACGUUGGAAAUUGUAUAGCUCCACAGUUCGCGCCAUAAUAACGUAAGGUGAAGUAACUUUUGCCAACUCCUCGUGUAGGAUCAAUUUUGAUGUCACAUAAUUCCUGUUUCAUCACUGAACUGACCAUGAUCUUUCAGGAGCAGUGGAUGCGUAUAAAUGGGAGGUUCCGAUAUCGAUUUCCGGGUGUGGCUAAUUUGAAAAUCUUUAAUUUCUAAACUCAGCCAGAGCUAAACUGAUUUGGGAGGAGUAUGACCAGCGCCGGCCCCUGAAAGUUUGCGUGAGCGUAGGCUAGCAUACGCACCACGAGAAAAUUAUGUCCAUCCAUUAUCUCGUCUGUCACUAUAGAAAAAAAUACGAGAAGCACGUAGAGAUAAUUAUUUCUCGACACGCAUACUGCCCUACUGGAGGCUUACAUGUACUAUUAGUUAUUAUAGCUUAAAGCUGUAUUAGCCAUUUAAGGACGUCCUAAUUAUAUAGGUUUAAAUAAAACUGAAACAAAAGAUCAACAGUAAUACUGCUUUUAGCUAUGGUAGUACGCCCUCCGUAGUAUGUGAUUUGAUCGCUCGUAACCGUAUAGAAACACUAACGUGAAAAUAAAAUUGAUCUUAUACUCGGUGACUUGCGAAUACAGUAUGACCUAAGUGUUCUUGACAACGUCGUUUACGCAGUGACAAGCAUCGUGGUCUUAUUAGAAAGAGGUCCGAUUUGGGAAUUGAUAAUUUCAGAAUUUUCUGGAAAAGAUCAAUGGCAGAAAUAGCUUUAUAUUAUGGCGGAAAAUCAUAAUAAAAUAAAUAACAAUUUUCACUGGCAUUGUUAUACUUGUGGAGCUGCUAAGUUCUUCUCGAAAAUGUUAUGAUCAUUGAGGCGUUGAAACAUUUGACAGGUGCCAAUUCCGUUAGCAGAAAUCCUUAUAAAACUAAAGGCCUUUCAAAUAAAAGUCGUUCUUAUACAAGUGACAGUAUUAAAUUAUGUGCUGAUUGGGCACAGACGAAGAAGAAGAUAAACGUCGGUAAAUAUAUUCAGUGUUCUGUCACUCUUUAACUUAUAGCAUAUCUCAAAUGUCAGAGCGUGAUAAAACGCUGUAUAACGGUUCCGAAGCUAUUCCACGUUUCUUUGUAAAGCCCUCAAUUGACAAGUCUACAAAUAGUGCUAGCCUUUUCCAUAAAAAGAAUAGAGAAAAGGACGGCAAUACUUUUAGAAACAUUGUAUCUAGUUUACGGAUUUGAACAAUCGAAUUGGUACCAGUGUAAUUUGUAAGUUCAACGAGGCAUUUAGAGAAUACUGCAAUGAAUAGAUGCAGCAGGCCAUAAAAUUCGUUGAAUUUGUAUUUUGAAUUUUGUUAUUAUUUGUGCAAUAUGGCCGAUUAUGUAUAGACCAGGAGAUGGUGAGCGAUUUGUUCAAAGUAAAACGUCUGUGAUGAAAAAAAUCACCGAGUUAGUAUAAAUAAUGUACAAGAUAAAGGUCUAUACAGUUUAUUGGCGUAAUAACGAAAAUAAA